AAGGCUGAAUCCGGCGCCGGGAAGAGUGAGAGUGGGGUUUUCCCGGUGUUGCGGCUCUAUCCUGCAUUCCUCUACUCUGGUCACCUUUGGGAAGAAAUGUCUUCUAUAAAAAGAAGCCCAAAUCAAGAAAUAAUUUCCCAGUUUCACUAUGCAGCAGCAGAAGGAGAUAUUGCCAGGUUAACAGUAAUCCUCAGUCAUUCUCCAUCUCUUCUCAAUGAAACGUCUGAAAAUGGCUGGACUGCUUUAAUGUAUGCUGCAAGAAAUGGGCACCCAGAUGUUGUCCAAUUUCUACUUGAGAAAGGGUGUGACAGAUCCAUUGUCAAUAAAUCAAGGCAGACUGCACUGGAUAUUGCUAAAUUUUGGGGUUAUAAGCAUAUAGCUAAUUUACUAGCUAAUGCUAAAGGUGGGAUGAAGCCUUGGUUCCUAACUAAUGAAGUGGAAGAUUGUGAAAAUUAUUUUAGCAGAACACUAUUAGACCGAAAAAGUGAAAAAAGAAAUAAUUCUGACUGGCUACUAGCUAAAGAAAGCCAUCCAGCCACAGUUUAUAUCCUUUUCUCAGACUUAAAUCCCUUGGUUACUCUAGGUGGCAAUAAAGAAAGUUUCCAACAGCCAGAAGUCAGGCUUUGUCAGCUGAACUACACAGAUAUAAAAAAUUAUUUGGGUCAGCGUGAAAAGAUCACCUUGAUUUUUCUUGGAGUGGAACUUGAAAUGAAAAAAGAAUCAUUUAAUUAUGCUGGAGAAGUCCCAAGAGAAGAAGAAGAUGGGUUGGUUGCCUGGUUUGCUCUAGGUAUAGAUCCUGUUGCUGCUGAAGAAUUUAAGCAAAGACACGAAAAUUGUUAUUUUCUUCAUCCUCCAAUGCCAGCUCUUCUGCAAUUGAAAGAAAAAGAAGCUGGGGUUGUAGCCCAAGCAAGAUCUGUUCUUGCGUGGCACAGUCGAUAUAAGUUCUGCCCAACCUGUGGAAGUGCAACUAAAAUUGAAGAAGGUGGCUACAAAAGAGUCUGCUUAAAAGAAGACUGCCCUAGCCUCCAUGGUGUUCACAAUACAUCAUAUCCAAGAGUUGAUCCAGUAGUAAUCAUGCAAGUUAUUCAUCCAGAUGGGACCAAAUGUCUUUUAGGCAGGCAGAAAAGAUUUCCCCCAGGCAUGUUUACUUGCCUUGCUGGAUUUAUUGAACCUGGAGAGACAAUAGAAGAUGCUGUUCGGAGAGAAGUAGAAGAGGAAAGUGGAGUCAAAGUUGGCCAUGUUCAGUAUGUCUCUUGUCAGCCAUGGCCAAUGCCCUCCUCCUUAAUGAUUGGUUGCUUAGCUGUGGCAGUGUCUACAGAAAUUAAAGUUGACAAGAAUGAAAUAGAGGAUGCCCGCUGGUUCACUAGAGAACAGGUUGUGGAUGUUCUGACCAAAGGGAAGCAGCAGGCAUUCUUUGUGCCUCCAAGCCGAGCUAUUGCCCAUCAGUUAAUCAAACACUGGAUUGGAAUGAACCCCAAUCUCUAAAUCAAAUAACUAGAUUUUGAGUAUAAUUUAUUUCUAAUAACUUAUUCCUCAAGUGAGAUUAGAAAUAUUUAUUGCUCUUCGGAAUGUCACAACACAGUAUUGGGUUUCCAAAAUAGUUUCAACACGUACUUUCCAUCUUAACCGUAGAAUCUGUGUUUUUGUAAGUUAAAACAUUGCCUCAGUUUUUGUUAAAUCCAAGUCAGCCUGUCCAAAUAUUAAACCAUAUUUCUAUUAAGAAAAAUCAUGUUAUAAAGAUGGAUACUCUAAAAUGUAAACAAACCUAAAUUCCAGUGCCUCUUUAAAGCAUUAGACCGCUCACUAAAGUUCUAUUCUUGAGAAAUAAUUUUAAUGAAUUUUAAGCUUCAUUUCCAGUCAUUGUAUUACCAUAAAGGUUCUUUCAGCCGUCAGUAGCUGAUUUUUGUUCACUUCCCAUUGUAUUCCACUUUUUUUCCUGGUUUCACUAUUCUAGCAGUGGUGCUGUUAUAGUGCUACCAUGUGUCUGUUUUGAUCAGUGUUAAGAAUUUUCUACUUUAACAACUCUGCUAGUGAUCAGAAUACCAUGCCUUCGUGAAAGGAGAGUUUAAGUGAGAGCGUACCUUUAUGUAUGGAACCUCCCCCUUAAACCUAAAAUCAAUUAAUAUGUAUAGUUAUCUAUUACACUCAAAGUUGUUUUUAAGACAAAUCAAAAUUCUCUGCUUUCUCACUGAAAUCAAGUGUAUUUGAAGAAUUCUCCUCAAAGAUCAGAUGUUUAAUAUUUCCCAGAUAGGUUUACAUAUUUAAUAAAAACACUGGCUUUAUGUCAUUUUGUGAUAAGGGAUGUAUCUGUAUUAGCAAAAAUUAUGUAAUCAUUACUAAUUAUAUUUACUAAACUGAAAUGCAACUUUUUGAUUUUGGCCUUAUUUCAACACAUUCUAAGAAGCCUUUAUAAAAUAAGUAUAUCUUAGAACUGAAUCAGCAAGAUUCAGAGAAAAGUAAACUGUAGUAAUUCACAAUUUCACAACAUAGAACUGUCAUAUUUUAUAAGGCUAUUUUGAAAUUGUUUUAAAAGCUAGUCUAUAAAUAUAUAAGUUUACAUAAUUUGGCUCUUUAGUAUUUUAUGUUAGAACUGGAAGAGACCAUAAGGAUAAUAUAUGUAGAUCAGUGACCUUUUAUAGAUAAAGAAAAAGAAAUCCUGAAAGGUGAAUUUAAUUAAUUUAAUCCAUUAAAGUUGAAUCAAUUAAUUAAUCGAUGAAAGUUACACAAUUACAACUUACCAUUGUUCAUACAAUUAAUUGUAAUUAUAGUUAAGUAGCUUAAUUUAAACAAUCUGUCCUAUAUAGCCUAGUGCAGGACUCUUCCUCUAGUAGGAAGUAGAAACUACUAUUUAAAUUAUGGGUAAAGUUAAGAAAUUAAAUGACAAGAAGGAAUGGUAAAACGAAAUUAGGAAUAAGGAAUAAAAAGAAAAAAUUUAAUUUACCAAUAUUGUUAAUUAAAAUUUUAGAAACUAAAAUCAUUUAACUUAAAUAUAAUUUUCUUAGAUUAAGAACUUUACUAAUGAACAAUGAUUUUCUUAGUAACAGAUGAAAUGUUAUUGGGAUCAGGACUUUGGACAAAAUUGACUUACAUUGGACAUUAAGAUAUAUAAUAAAAUUUGAACUACAUAAGUACCUAGAAAACUAUGUGCCUUGAUUCUAAUGAAGUGGGACUUAAAACUUAAGGUUCAGUUUUACUCCAAAUUUACUUAGAGAUUCUAAGAUUACAUCAUAAAGUUCCAGGUUUCCAUGUUCAGGUAGCAAAGUAAAAUAUAAAAUAUCAACAAAAUGUAGUUAAAAAUUUAGCUUUGGUUUUUUAAUCCUAUACUCAGGGAAAAUCAGUAAGUAAACUGUUGUUACUAAUAAUCAUUCUUAACAUUGCUAACCUCUGAGGUAGAUAACUGCAUGUAAGUGAAAGGAAUAGCAAAGAAAUUUCAGAGGUUCAAGUGCCAUGAAUGUAUUCUAAUGGAAAUGAAGGUAACAAUAUAUUAAAAUAUUUAUCCAUUUA